AUGGUGACAAGCGACAAAAAGGAAUGGAAAAAGAGCAUAAAAUGUCCAGUAGAUGGCCGUGAAUUACAACCGCUUUCUCCGCCAGAAGAAUCUGUUUUGUCUUCAUCACCAAAUUUAACAUCAGUGCGAUUGAGAACUCUUUUCAAUAUUUUGGCUUUAUUAAAUCAAUGCUAUCCAGAUUAUGAUUUUUCACAAACGAAGAGUGCUUCUUUCAGGAAAGUUACUUACCAGGAUUGUAUAGUUAGUGUUGAUGGAAAGCUUGUGGCAACUGUUCAUAAUUACGGACUUUUACGCGACAUUCUUUGGCGUACUAUCGAAGAUUCAAUAAAAAUUGACGAAUGUUGCAUUUAUAGUUACAUUCCUCAAUAUUGUGGUGAUCCUUUUACAGAGGAUGGAUGUAUUUGGUCUUUCAAUUUUUUCUUUUUUAAUAAGGUCUAA